AUACACCGGCAGAAAUGGAGAAAUGUCAAAGAUACAAACCUGAUAGAAAAAUAUCAUGGAUUUUUCCUGGAAAAAAGUAAUUUAAACAGGACAGAGUUCAGUAUUUUAAGAGUUCACAAUCAUAAACGUACAAAUUUGAUUGUUGCUCUGCCGGCAGGCUACAUUGUAAAAAUUGAAAAGGAUGACCUUUGUGGAUUCGACAGAUAAUCACUACCAUGUUCAAUAUAUCAAUUGGUAUCCCGGCAUUGCAGCGGCGAUUUUCUAUGGACUAAUGUCUGGAUUGAUGUCCUUUAUGAACAAAAUUGUCCUGACGACUUUCGACUAUCGUUACCCAGAAGUAUUGAUGUUAGCACAAGUCAUAUCGACUGCUAUAGUAUUAGAAAUCUGUAGGAGACAAAAUUUAGUCAAUAUUACACCAUACACAUUGCACAGAGGCAAGAAGUUGCUUCCAUCCGUCUGUUUUGCAUUUAAUACAGUUCUGGCAUUGAAUGCACUUAGUGACCUUUCUAUUCCAAUGUACAAUGUAUUAAGAAGGCUGAUUCCUUUGACAACUCUCCUCCUUGGAGCAUGUAUUCUAAGCAAGAAGCCAUCUUUUCAACUCACUUGCUCAAUUAUCUUGGUGGUUUUAGGUUGCAUUAUUGCAGGCGAGUUUCGUGAUCUAUCGCUUCAUCUUGGUGGUUACGCCAUAUUGAGUGUGUGCAGUCAGUCUACUUACCUUGUGUAUGUACAGAAAACAGGAGUUGAGAAUGGCCUAUCAACUUUGGAUGUCUUGCAUCUGAACAGCAUCAACUGCAUACCACUGUUGGCUGCAUACACUUUAUAUAGCAACCGCUUGAUCGAUUCAUUUCACAGCAUAAGUGUUACAGCGAAAGGAUUCUUUCCAGUGUUCAUGGUCGAUGUUUUGAUGGGAUGUGUUUUAAACUACUCCUUAUUCCUUUGUGCUACCAUGAAUACAGCAUUAACCACAAGCCUUGUGGGGGUUAUCAAGGGACUGAUAACUACGUUGAUCGGAUUUUUCACAUUCGGCGGAGUUGCUGUGAAUACGUAUACAUUGUGUGGGAUAGUACUGAAUACGUUUGGCGGCUUCUACUUCUUUACAAAAUACAGAGACAACAUCAUGGAGAAAUUUGAGGAAGAAAACUUGGGGCAUUAUGAACUUGUGAACGUAGAAAAUGGCACUUCGAAAGGUCAAGAUAGUCAAAAUAGCAACACGAAGGAAGAUGUGACAGUAUACAUUAGCAGUCCAGACAAUCAAGAGACAAGUUGAUACAUGAUCAACUUAUCUCUUGAUACAUACAAUUUAUAUAUAUAUACAUGGAGUUUUUACAAGAAAUUCGACAAACGUAAGAAGAAUGAAAUGGAAAGAUUACUCAAAAGUCAAAACUAAAUCAUCGAUUGAGAAUAAUUACUUAUCAUUUGCACCGCCUUCUAAUGAUUUCUAUACGGUUGAAAUUAUGUAUGAAAAUCAAUUAUGGAACAUAUUUGUUUUUAAGAACUACUAACACACGAGCUGGCAUGUGUGGGUUUUCGAAGCAUUGCACUAAAGUGUAAAUUGAACAUUUUUAAUUAACUCGGGCAAGUAAUACUCCACGUGGAUGGUGACAGUAGUUAUCUAUCAAAGUUUGCGUCGAAUAAUUUAAGCAUUAAUUAAUGAAUGAAGUUGUAAAGUAGUAAACUAUAAUAAAUGCGCAAAGUUAA